AUGUACCGGGACCACGUGGGGAUGCGGCUGUGGCUGCUCGCAUUCUCAGCUCUGAGUCUCCAGGCCUGGGAGGUCCCUACCAUUGUUUCCCGCAAGGAGUGGGGAGCGAGAUCUCAGACUUGCUGGGCCCCGCUGACCCCACCGGUGGCCUACGUCAUCACGCAGCAGCUCCCGGGCAUGGAGUGCCAGCAGCAAGAUGUGUGCAGCGAGAAGCUACGGGCCCUUCAGUCCCAUUCCGUCUACACCAAAGGCUGGUGCGACAUGGCCUACAACUUCCUGAUCGGGGAGGAUGGCAGGGUGUAUGAAGGCCUCGGCUGGAACAUUCAAGGCCUGCACACCCAGGGCUACAACAACGUCUCUCUGGGCCUCGCCUUCUUUGGCGCUAAGGAAGGCAGCAGUCCCAGCCCAGCUGCCUUAUCGGCAGCACAGGACCUGAUCUUCUAUGCCAUCCGGAAGGGACACCUGUCACCCUGGUAUAUUCAGCCACUUCUCUUGAAUGAAGAGAUGUGCCUGGCCUAUCAGCAGCCAGCAACGCCCAGGAAAGCUUGCCCCGGCAUCAUCCCACGGUCAGCUUGGGAAGCCAGAGAGACAUACUGCCCUCGAAUGAGCCUCCCAGCCAAAUAUGUCAUCAUCAUCCACACGGCUGGGGCGACCUGCAACACAUCUGAGGACUGUAUGUCUCGCGUCCGAGACAUCCAGUCCUACCACAUAGACAAUCUGGACUUCUGCGACAUUGGCUAUCACUUCCUGGUGGGCCAGGAUGGCGGUGUGUAUGAAGGCGUUGGCUGGAAUAUCCAAGGCUCUCAUACCUACGGAUACAACGAUAUUGCCCUAGGAAUUGCCUUCAUGGGCAACUUUGUAGAAAAGCCACCCAAUGCUGCAGCGCUGGAGGCGGCCCAGAGCCUGAUCCAGUGCGCGGUGGACCAGGGGUACCUGGCUCCCAACUACCUGCUGGUGGGGCACAGCGAUGUGAGCCAGAUCCUGUCUCCGGGGAAGGCUCUGUACGACAUCAUCAGCAGCUGGCCUCACUUCAAACAGUGA